AUGUUCUUGCGGCUCAAAGACCCCGUACUACUGCAUCAGUUUACCUUGGCGUUGUUCGCGUUGCAGAUGACUUUCCAAGGUUCUCAGUCAUUCGUUUUUGACCAAUGCACGCGUCGUCACACCAACUUGACCGCACAGGAAUGCGUGGGCAAAUUAUUAUUGGACACUCUGACCAAGGCCACCGAAGACCCGGAAAACUUCAUCAAAGCAAACGUCAGUACAUAAUUAUUAUUAUUGUCAUUACGAAUUUUGAGACAAAAAAACCAUCUGCUUAUAUUUUCUGCUUGUGUCUAUAUUUAUAAUAAUACCACCUUAUCGAUUGUCAAUGGACUUUUUUGAAUUUGAUCGUGCCACGAUGUCAUUUAUUGUUUGAGUAAACACGUAAAUAUACGGUCGUUUAGUUGUACAUAUAUAUAGGUAGGUAAAGGUAGGUACACUGUGUACACUCAAAACCACAAAAAAAAAUGUUUGUAGUUUGUUUAAAAAAAUAAUCCAUACACAAUUUCCAUUAUUCUAGAACGUCUUUUUUUAUGUAUAAGAUUAUUGUUAAAACAAAUAUUAAGUUCAAUAAAAGUCCCUUUAUUCUUUAGCUCAAGAUGGCUUCAUUAUUAUAUUUUAUAAGUUCUGUUCAUUCACACAAGUAACUAUAUUUUUAUAUUUUCACAAAAUGAAAUUCGAUUUAUUUUUCUCGUUUUGUGGUUCAAAUAUACUAUCAAAAAAAAAAAAAAAAAAACCGUUUAAAUGGAUAUUAAAAUCAGGACGAUCUUAUUGCACAGCUAAUCUAAAUAAACAGACGAUCUACACUUGGGUAUAAAACAGGUAAUUGUCGAACUUUAAAGUUCAAUCAAUCAAAAUUUGAAAACACUAAUUUACCUUCUCACUUACAAGCUUAAAAAUAAUUGUGAUGUUGUCUGCGGAAUCGUUAUACAGUAAAAAAUCAUCAUAGAAAUUUUGUUUUAAUUUAUAUUUUUUUAAUAGUAUCACAGGUGUUAAGAGAUUUUGAUAAAAUCUCAUAGUUUUUCGAUAUUCGUGGUUUAUAUGUUUUCGUAUUCGUGUCGUCAAUUGAUAAUUGUGUUAAUUCUACAAGAGCAUUGAUAAUUUUUAAAUUAAGUUUAUUUUUUUGAACAUUUUUGUUGAAACGCCUUACUUAACCAGAGCGCAAUUUUUUUUAGUCAAAAUGAGACUUUUUAAUUUGAUACAAUUUGACCUUACCCAUUGAAACAUUGGCAAUUUAUAAUAUAGGGAUUGGAUAACGAAGGCGGCGGAACGAUGCGAUUGAUCGAGUUAAAAUUCGACAACAGCACUGUGCAAAUCGAUCAACGGUACAAAAUAGACGAAAGUCGAUCGUCCAACAGCUUUUGGGAUCAAUUGGUGAACGGUUUCAAAAAACUGACCAAUUACGGUACUGAUCACGGAAUUCUGGUGACGCUUCCACAACAGGGCUCGAAAUCGUUUCCGCCCAUUUCGGUAAUCGAAGAAGACCAAGUAUUUCAAGUGGUUAACGAAAGUAAGUAAACAUAAUAUUGUCAUUAUUUAUAUAUCACAUGCAUAUAACGACACAUCGAUCAUAAACUAUAUUUUCUUAUAUAUAUAUUAUCAGAAUCGUGGGUUUUUUUUUUUCAUUGUCGAAGUUAUUAAAUUAUGGACAUCCCAUCACCAUGUAUUUCGUGAUUCUAAACUGAAUAUUUUAUUAAUGUAAACACAACUUAAAGUUCAUUUUUUAAAUUUAAAGUUUUAAAGUUUCAAUAAUAUUAAUAAGUGUCUAUAUUGUAUUCAAUUUUCGUUUUAUUAUCAGUACCUAUAUACUUGUACGAGACGUACGUAUAUAAAUGGCAUAAUACACGGUGAUUCAUUAGAAAGUUUUGAUUUAUAAAAAAAAACACAAUAAUAAUAAUAAUAAUAAUACAAAAAAUUCGAUCUAUGUGUUAUAAAUUUAUAGCUCUAAACGAUAUAUAUCUUAAAUAUGUAUUUUUCACAUAAAUGUAUUUUAUUCUACUUCAACGGAUAGCACCAUAUAUAUAUACGCUUAUAUAGAUCGCCUACUACAGUUUGCCAAUUUAUUGAUCGGAAAAUAAUGAAAAAAAAAACACUCGAGAAUUAUUGACGCAUACACACAAGUAUAUUACGAAAAUAAUAAUCUAUAUCUGAAACGGAAUUUUACAGACAAUUUUAGAAUACGAGUUAAAACAUUUUUGGUUUCAAAUUCAUAUAUUAAUAAGGUACUUCUAGACAUUAAUGGAUUGAAUGUUAUUUACCCGUCAUACCAAAUAAAAAUCGAUUAUUUAGUAGGGUCAUUAAAAUAUAAUUCGAAUUUCUAUAGAUAAUCUGUGGCGAAACGUUUAAAAUCAUGAAACAUAAUUUAUUCAUUAACUGAAACAUUAAUACAAUAUACAAAUUAAAAAGGUGAAUAUUCCUUCACAUUACGGUUAAGCUACUGCUGUAGGUGAGAAAUUGAGAAGGUGUUACCUUACCCUGUGGUAAUUUAUAGUUUAUAUACAGAAAUCAAAGAUAAGUUCGUGUGAUCAAAAACCUAGUCUGGACAGAGCUCGGCAAACUGGUAUAUGGUUAUAACUUACAGUAUAGGGGUACACAAAAUAUUUUACACUUCAUCGUGUUGUGUCGUAUCGUAUUUGUAUGAUCAAGUUCGCUUGUGCCGUGAGUUUUUCAUGUUAACAUACAAAAUUCGAUAAUUAUAUGAUACCAAAUUCUUAUCAAUUAUAUGAAUAUUGUAAUUGAUAACAUUUGAAAUAUUAUAACAAAUUAAAAAUCUUAAAUUAUCAUAUUCUUAUGACUGUAUUCAGUAUUCACUAAUAUGUUUCAGUCGUGAUUAUUUACCAGUCUAUAUAUAUAUUCGUAAUUUUAGUUUAAUAUAUUUCAAUAGUGGAGCUGUUAAAUAUAAUAAGCAAAAUAAAUGUAACUACACGGUCAAAAGUUUUAUGUAUUCAACUCUGUGGUUACGUUUGGUUACUGUGGUAACGUGUUAUAAAAUAACUAUAUACCACACACAUUAAUGAAACCGCGUGGUUCAGCCAAUCAGAGAAGAUUAUUUUAUAUACCGCGGUAUAGUGUGGACUUCCAUUAAGUCGUGUUUAUUUGUCUUACGACGAUAGUAACCCAGAAAUCGGCAAAUAUAAAAACGAUGUAUUGUCGUUCGUUGCGUCAGUUUUUUGUAAUCUAAAAAAAAAUCGUUUAAAUAAAAUACCUCCCGGCGAACAGCUAUCGUAAACCGUCGGUAAUCGCAAAUGUCCCAUUACGUAUAAUCUCGUCUGAACUCAUCGUCAACGUUUAAGUCCGAAUACCAAUUUUGUUUUCGUUUUAUUCCGUUCAAAAGCUUGUAAACUCGAUCACAUAAAAAAAAUAAGAGAAGAACUCAUCAGUACCUACAGCUGUACGUUUUACAAAUAAUUAUAAUAUAUGUAUAUAUUCUACUUUUUCUAAAUAAAGUCUUAACUUAAAGAUAUCUUAAUGGUUGUAUUUUUAUUAAUCGGAUUGCAUUUAAUUAAAAUUUUACUAAAUGCUCGUAUCGUCCAGUAAAAAACAAUAAAAUAUUUAAAUCCUGAACAAAAAUAAAAAGUAUGAAUUGUAUAUAGCAGGAACUAAAAUAAUGUGUCCCCUGAAUUACGAAUAUAUGUAACGAAUUGUAUAGUGUUUAUUAAUUGUAACUAUAGAAAUAACAGUAAUUUGGAAUUCCAACACGAGUAUUUUAUAAUUUUAAAUUCUAAAUAGAACAAAAAAACUUUAUGGUUGUACAAAGAUGUUUUUUUUUUUUUUUAUCUAUGAACAACUUUUCUACCAGAUAUCUUGCUCCAUUUUUUAAAUAUAGUACAUUUUUUGAAAGUAAAUCGGAUUGGGGAGAUACUUUAUAGAGGUAAUUUUUCGAUUUUCUCAGGAGUUUUCUUAACAAAUACAAAAAUCCGAAAAAAAAACUGAGGAAUAUCGGGAAAAUGUACAAAAUGUAGGAAUUAGUUUAAAAAUAUUACGGCCUUUUUUUUUCCAGUGAAUAAUUUUUCUACCGGAAAUUUAGCUUCGAUUUACAAUGAUAGCACUUUUUCUGAAAGAAAAUUUGACUGAGAAGGUAAUUUAAGGAGGUAAUUUUUUGAUUUCCCCGGGAGUUUUCUCAACAAAUAGGAAAAAACGGGAAAAACACAGGAAAAACUGGAAAAUUGACACAAUAUCAAACAAAUAUUAUUAAUGAAAAUAUAUAAUGCCAGUUUGAUAUUUUACUACAAUAUGACUUACAGAUUGUUGACAAAACAUCACUCACUAUCAAUUGAACUUCGCUCAGAAUUAUUUUUUCGUUAGAAAUGGUUUAUCAUUGCUUACAGAUAAACAUUAAAUUUCCGUCUAUAUCCUACCUUUUUCUCUAAAAUUAACAAAAUAUUAAUUUUUAAUAUUACAUUUUUAAACUCUUCGUCGUAUAAAAACUAUUUCUAGCUUGGUCUGCUAUAAAUAAUAUGCAGAAAAAUAUGCAACUCUUAUAACUUCCGAGCCCUAAUAGUUAAUAUAGUUAGUUAUAAUAGUUUAAUGAAAAACCACAUCAUGUUAAGGUACACUAGAAAGCCACCAUCCGCGAAUGGUAUCAAGGUGUUUUUCUCAAGCAAAAGCUGAUAACAAGAUUCAACAAUAAUCGAAUAAUGAUUUCAAUAUUCCUACUCUAACCAAUAAAUGUUAUUGUGUUGAUAAUUUUUGGUAAACAUUUUUUUUUAUAAAUAAUAUAAAUGCCAUAUAAGGAUAGCAGUGUAUAAUUAUGAUCCCAACGAGUUUUUUUUUGUUUGGCUAUGGAAAUCUAUCAACACUAUCAAAUGAAUUAAUUUAUUGGUUUGUACCCUGAAAUCGGUUGUAUUUUAGGUCCUGAUGUAUAGAAUAACUUGAAAAUUAUUUUUACGGAAAUAUAUCACGUUCCAGAUAUUUUGGACGCUUUGUCAUAUUCGUUUUUCCUACGUAUUUUUCUGGUUUUUACAUUUUUUUUCUGGUUUUUCCCAUUUAUUGGGAAAAUCAAAAAAUGACCUCCCCAAAGUAUCACUCCAAUCAAAUUUUCUCUAAGAAAAAGUACUAUCAUUUUAAAUCUGAGCAAAAUUGCUGGUAGAAAAGUUAGCCACAGACAAAAAAAUAAACAUCAUUUUAAAACCAAUAUUUUCCUCACUUCACUCAGAAUCUAAAUUACUGUACAGUAUCCGAUGUCUUAACAACGAAUUCAAUAUGUUAUCACGCAUACCUAGGUAUAUUGUAAUAAAUAAUGACAAAUAUAAUAGUCUAGGAAAAUCGUCCAUUUGGUCCUGUCGCAUAUUUUAAUACACAAAUCGCUGAACUGUGAUGCAACGACGUUUAUUCUUAUUUUCCUCGGCAAUCGGACAGAUUUAUUGAAAAUCGAAUUUAUUUCGAAACGCGUUCGUAUAAUACAUAUAUCGUACUGCGGGAAAUGAACGCAUAUAAUAUAUAAUAUAUAUGUAUACAUCAUAAUAAAUGUAACAUUAUUGAAAUGAUAAUAUUUAAAACGAUAGAAUGUAUACCAAACCGAGUUUGCAUUUUGUUACGUAUUCUCCAAUAUUGUAUGUAUGCAGAAAUCGAUGCUAUAGAUUUACGACUUGAAUGACGUAAAGUAAUUCGACCGUUAUACAUACACAGAGUGAUUCUUUUAUCACGAAUCAUACAAUUUAUGGGUUUCUAUUUGAUAAUAUUUGAAUAAUAUUAACAUAUACGUAUUUUUCUAAAGGCCGGUCCUGCUCUCGAAAAAACAUAAUUUGUACGUAUUUCACAGGCUUCUAUUAUAUUAUUUUGAAUAGAUAUCUAGUUUUUAUACGAUAUAUUAUAUCUGUAUUUAGGAAUUUCCAGACUCCUUAUUAGAUAUUUUGAUUAAUAAUUAGUUUAAAAUUAUCAUGGAAAAAGUUUGAUAAGCGAAAAUAGUAUUUCUUAAUUUAGGAUGCAUAAUAGCAUGUGUUUAACAUGAUGUUUGCAAAGAACUAAUCACGCGGUUAUUAUACUUCAGCUUAUGAUGACUGGACGCAUGUGUAAUCCCGGAAAGUAAUCUCACGGAUUGUAUAAUUCUGGAAUCAUAUAUAGGUAUGUUCGUGGACUGUAAAAAUCCAGAAAAUAUCUAACCGUAUAGUCACGGGCCCUAUUCUACUGGAAGAAAUAUAUACGUCCACUGAAUAGUCCCGUACUGUAGAAAUCCGGUAAAAAUAACCACACAAACCGUUUGUUGCGAACCGCAUAUUUCCGGAUUCUAAAUUUUAAGCGACACAACGCCGUCAAGUAGUGUAACGUAUAGUUACAAAUAUAAAAUAUGAUUUAAACUUUCUAACGAUUUUUAAAUAAGCAACCAAAUAUUACAUGUUACAUGUAAAUGUGUUUACAUUUUAAAAAGAGCAAAGUGAGGACAGUUUUUUAGUGGUUAUUACUUUAAAAAAUUCUGAGAUCCCAGACUUCAGUCCCCCCUCCCAAAUCUCAAAUACUAUUAGUACCUAAAUCUAGAAGAGUGUUAAACGAGCACUCACAUUGCCUCAAUGAAAGUACUUUUGGUAGACACGACUGGUAUAAUACUUACAGAUUACUAUAGCAUUGACGCCCGUCAAAAAAAUAUAUAUUUUUAAUUAAGUUUUUUUAUAAUUACAUGUACGUAUGAUUUUAGAUUCUGAGCGGAGCGAUUUUACAAUAAUAUUUGUGUGUGUGUGGUUUAUUGUAUUAUUGUAAUAUUUAUUUAUUGUGUUUAUUGUACACAGUUUACAAUAAAUUUAUAUUAGAAAAAAUGAUUUAAUUUACAACUUCUACUAUAAUUCUAAUAGGAAAAUUAAUCUAGUUGAGUUCAAGAAAGACCAUGUUUGUGUUGUAAGCAGUUAUAAAUGUUUGUUAACUGCAGAUAUGACACUUGUAUAUUGUAUAAUUUAAAUUCUGAAUAGAGCAAGGGAUGUAUUGAUUUUACAAUGAUGUUUAUUUUUUUUUCUCUGUAGACAAUUAUUCUUCCGGCAAUUUUGCUCCAAUUUCUAAGUGUGACAUCUUUUCUGAAAGGAAAUUUUCCUUAAGUGAUAUUUUGAGAAGGUAAAUUUUUGAUUUUCCUAGAGAUUUUCAUAAUAUCUAUGCAAAUACGAGGAAAACUCGUAGAAAAUAUGGGACAAUUCAUGAAAAUAAUGAUUUUAUUAUUUUCAAUAUUGUUUUUUUUAUUGAAAUUCAGUGAAAAAUAUUCGUAGAGACUUGACAUUUUGACAGAAACCUUAUAUUUGUUUUUCAUAGAUGUGAUAAAGUUUUCAAAAUAUCUGAGCUCUUUUUAAGCUAUUUAUAGACAUUUUAAUUUUGCGAAUUUUUUACGUAAUAUUUAUUCGGUAGAUAGAUAAAUAUUGGAUAAAUUUUAUAGACCAAAUAAGAAUGACUGACAAUUUAACAGGGGUUCAUAAUAAGUUAUACAUAAUGAUCAACAAGAAAAAUUUGAGUUUAAUAUAAUUUAAAAUUUUUUUUUUUCUUUUUUGUAAGAAUUUCAAUAUCAGAUUUUGACGAAAAUGGUAAAUAUUACGGCCUUUUAAACAUAAUCGAACUCCGCUCAGAUUCGUUUUUCGUUGGCAAAGAUUAAUCGUUGCGUACAGAUAUAGGUACAAUUAAAUUUUCCUCUAAAUUCUACUUUCCUAAUUUCUCACCUACAAUACUGGCUGCACCCGUCCCCAUUAUCCUAGAACAGCUUUUUUUUUUCUUUAUCUUUGUCACUGUAACACUGAAAGCGGACUAUCCAAAAUUUAAAUCUCAAACAGUUUAACAAUGUAUAGAUAGAAUUAUAUUUAUAUGAAUACCGUUAUGCGUAAAACCCAUCGUAGUAUGUAUCGUAGUAUCGACAAGGAUGUUAGUCCUUUAAUUUGUAUAAUUCGUCCGGUAUUUACUUUAAGUUUUAAUUUUUUUUUUUUUUUUAUUCUAAUAUAAAUUGUUCAAUGCGUAUAAGCGCAUACUUUGACGGGUUUAAUGUGCGUAUUAUAAUUGUGGUCUCUAAACUUAUAAUAGGUAUCCGUCUAUCUAGGCGAAAUCGCGAAACCGUAAAAACACGUUACUUAUCAAUAUGGCGGAAAAAGGAAAUCAGCAAACAACGUUCGUGGUAAACACACAUAGAUAGGUGUAAUCGAACGGAUGCGUUUUAAUUCUGAUUCGGAUGACGACGGUUUCAAAUUGUAUUUCUAAAAACGUUAUAUUACUUUUUUUUUCACUCACGGUGAGAGAAGAGGAGAAAAUGUAUUUAUUUUUUUUCGCGUGCGGGAAGUAUUAUACGCAAUCCGUAUAUACGAUGAUAUAUAAACGAAAAAUAAUUAUAAAACACAAUGGGAAUAAUGCCGCACCGCGCGUAAGUACGACAGAAAAAUAAAAACGUUAUAAUUUACUUGCAGAUAUACUGAGCCGUUGAUGCGUCCGAGUAUACUGGGUGAUUUUUUCUAUCGUGAACCGGAGCGAUUUUGGUUUAUAAUAUUUUCAACGUUUCACCCUUAUUCAGUAUGUACCGCGUAAUAACAAUAAUAUAGUCCAAUUGUCGUAACUCCGAAAAUGAAAUUUUGUAUACACGAUAUUUUCAAUUAAAAUAUUUAUUUUAGAUUCUGAAUAGAGCGAAGCUAUCAACUGAACUCCGCUCGGAAUCGUUUUUAGUAAGCAAUGAUUUAUCGCUGCUUACAAAUACAAAUUAUUAAUUUUCCUUCUAUAUCCUACCUUCCCAACUUCUUACCAACAACAGUGGCUGCACCCAUCCUCACUAUCCUAGGACAACUUUUUUUUUAUUAUUUAUUAACAUAAUAUUUUGUUUAUAACGCAUCGUUUAAAAACACGUUGAUAAAAACACAACAAAAUGAUCGCGUUGAAGAAAAAGUAUUUCUACAAUGCAGAGAAGUAGAAUGAGGGAGGAGUAACUAAAUGAGCUAUAGCCCAUCAAAAAUAUCCCCUAGCUUCCUGAAAAAUGACCAUAUAAAGAAUAGGUUUUCUCGUUACUAUUUUUAUUUUUAUUUUUUUAGUUAAACAUACAAAAUAGACUAAAACUUAUUCUGUAGGUCAUACAAAUGACAUAUUUAAUGUUGUGAGAAUCAUAUUUUUAACGAGUUUCGUGAACUAUUAAAAAAAUACAAGAUAAUAAUAUAAAACAUUAAAUGAUACAUUUUUUUUCUUAUGACCGAUUAAUACGGACCAUUAAGGUCCUUUGGCGUUUAAAAUCCUUCUCUAUACUGAUCCCUAUUCGUUGAAACGUCGAAGCUGAAAAUGUUAUUUAUUUUAUACAGAUCUCUCUUCACCAUAUCAAAUCACCUCUGACGCAGUCUCCCUAGUGGUCUCCUUCCAAUCGGAUUCAGCACCAUAACCUUCCUUAUGAGACAUCCCUCUGCCCACCACACAGUGGUCACGUAUUAAGAUAACAGAAUAGACGAUUGUAUUAAUUCACUACAAAUAAAUCGACAGAUACUUGUGUUGUUUUUGUAAUUCGUCAUUCUUCGAAUACCUCUAUUUUUAUACUCCAAAUAUUAUGACAUGAUAUUUGAAUUUAUAUUUAAGUAUAUGAUAUUAAUAUAAAUUUAAUAUGAAUGGCCAGGCAAAAGAAAAAUCGGAAGGUUAUUAAACAAAAUAUUAUCUUUGUAUCGCCGUAAACUAUUAGUAUGCUACUUUUUUUUUUUAAUUGUACAAAUUAUAAAUUAUCUCCUUUAUAUUUCGAGAGAAAUUAUUGGAUUUCCAAAACCCCCUCCUGCGUUCACCUCUAAAUAGCCUAAUGCAUUGAAGAGAGUUGUGGGGCAACGAAAAUCACGAAUAUUUAUAUGUCUGUACAUAAUAAACAAUUUUAUUAGAACUAUACCCGCCUUCUACCAAUGAAAAAAAUCACCCUAUACCUAUCAUCUCUAUAUAAAAUGUAGUUAUAUCAGAGUUGAGACUUUUAUAGCGAUAAUUUUGGUUUACUUUUCCUGAACAGUUGACAUUUUGGAGUCAAGUUCAAUUGAGCACUAAGCCGACGGUAUCAGUUUUUGAUUUUCAAACCUACCUUUUUAAAAAUUCGGGUUCUAAAAUAUAUUAGAUUAGGUUUCACGGUGUGCAUCAUAAUAUUAAAAUGUUUACAGAAAACUACGUGAUAUUUUUUUACAAUUAAAGUCUAACAAAACAACUGGUCAGUUACUAUUUUAAAAUAAAAAAUUGAUAGGUAAUAAUUUUAUGAUAUGUUUAUAGUGUAGGCACAUACGAAUGUUGAAAUUACUGUAAACAACGAAUGAAAAAACCAAAAUAAAAAUUUACUCAAAAUCUUCCCGUCAUAUAAUACGUAGAAAAUCACCGAUCCGUGAUAAAAAAAAUAUAUAUAUAUAUAAUCACCCUGUAUUUUCAUCGUAAGUACACACAUUAACUAACGCGUAUAAUUUUCCCUCGUCAUCAUUGUUUCUGCAGACAAACGCAUUCAUCGUGAGCACUCUAAAUUCAUUCGCUUUUAUACGACAAGAUCAAUUAUAACUAUUUUUUAUGUACGUACUUUUUUUCCCUACUAUUUCCUUUUAAAGAAAAAAAAAACGGUUAAUACGUUCGAUUCAUACGCCCGUAUACCAUUAUCAAAGCGGAUUGCAAUUCGCGUUGAAAAGAACAUCAAACGUUUUAAUUGUUCGUGACUUUGUGUUUAUAUGUGUAUAAUAUGCAUGACUCCACAAUGGGAAUAUUUUUUAUACGUUUUAAUACUGUUGUUUAUACGUGCCAUGAGAUGAUGUCGAGUCACUAGUGUUUACGAAUAUACCCACAGUCAUUUAAAUAUUUAAAUAUUAUCAAAUUUACAAUUAUAAUCCAUAAUGAUCGUCUUUACCGAAUUCUCCCGGAUAAUUGUGACAGUAAAAACUCAUAUUGCAUUUUAUUGUGUCCGUUAUAAUAAUAGGGCUCGGAUUUCAUAACACUUGCUGAUUAUUAUAGGACACAAAUAAAAAUAGCAAAAUGAACUUUGCGUUUGUUUUAUGCAUCAGGGGUUUUAAAUAAGACAUUUUAUAAUGCCAUUUAUCGCAUAUUUUAAGUAUUUUAGAUUUGUAGUGCUAUUUUUUAAUUUAGGUGCUAUUUUAUUUUUCUAAUAUGCAUAGUAAUGAUUUAUUUUUAUUUUUUAUGAAUAAUAGAACAAAUCUGUCAUGUUUGCGAAUCCUAAAAAAAAAAUACUUAUUUGAUUCAUAUUAAAAUCUAUUUUUAAUUAGCCUGGCGAAACUUGUGACCCAACGAACAGUCUACAUGUAUGACUUCUCAUAAGUUGUAUUUAUAUUUUUAAAAAAAAAACACACUUUCUUUUUUGCCAUUUUUCAUGUUCUUGUGGCAUGUUAUAGCUUAUUUUAAGAUUUAUUAAGUCAUAUUAUAGUGCAUAUUUAAUUUAUUUACAGUGCUAUAAUAUCAGAAUCCUGGUUUAUAUAAGUAUAUUUCUUCAACCCGGUACAUUUUGACAUUUUUAGCGGCUCCUCUAAACAAAAAAAUCUUAAACUUGGGAAUUAUAGUUUUUUUUUACAGGCGUAUUGAAAUGAUGAUCAGUAGCGUGAUCAGCAUUUUAAUAUGAGAUAGGAUAUUGGGGGAGAGAAAUCUAAAAAUAACUAGUUAUUAGUACAAAACCAUUAAACAUAUUUUCAGGUAAAAAUUGUUACAAUACUUGGUAGGUACCAAACAAUACACCUAUUAAGACUAGGGUUAACAUAUUUUGAAAUCCCAAACCAGGACAUAAUAUUGAAUGACCUUUAUUCAAAUGUUUACAUUUUUUAUGCAUUAAAUAUUAUUUCUCAUUAUCUAUCGGUUAUUAUAGUUUUCAUCUGAAUGAAUUUUCUUUAACAUUAAAUUGUAACACUUUUAAUUUUUCUGUAAAAUGUGUUGCAAGUUGAACCAUAAUUCAUUUAACAUAUACUUUUAAGACUCGUACUUUCAUUUUUCGAUUUUCGACGAUUUUUAUCCGACAAAGCGUGAUUUAUAAGUUUACUCUCGGCCUCUAUUAACCGGGACAUACUAAAUGACCGGCAGGGACAUGCUUUUAAAACCGGGACUGCCCCGACCAAACAAGGACAAAUGGCAAGUCUAGUUAUUACAAAUAAUACAACAUAAUAUUAUGUCAUUUCUAAUAAAGUAGAAUAGUUUGUAAAUGAGUAAUGGAUUUGUACUGAAUAUUUUCUCCGAAUAUCAAUAAAAAAGAUAAUAAUUACAGGAAACUAAUUUAGGAAUUUAUGAGUUAUUGAAACAAAAAAAAAAGAGCCAAGAGCUGGAUUGAUACGACGACCUGUCAUGACAUUUUGGACGUUACGUACAAUUUCAAUAUAGCGAAAUAUGUAAUUAUAGGUACCACAAUGUGAAAAAUACAAUUUCCGGUCAGUUGAAUAGGCAUAAAUUAAAUCGAGAUCAUUUCACAUCAAACUUUAAAUGUCUUAUUCUAAUAAAAAUAUGAGUUUACAUGUAAAUUAUUUCCCUACUUAUUAGUUACCUUCAUUUUAUUAAUUUCACACUAUUAUUAUUAUUAGUAUUAUUAUUAUCAUUUGUGCGCAUAUCGAUUUUGAAAUAUUUUUUAAAGUGGAUAUUGUUUAUUACGAUUAAAAAUGCACAGGUAUCAUUUUUAAAGUGGAAUAAAACCGAUGGGCAUUAGUAUUCGUUUUUUGUUUAAAAUUUGAAUAUUUUUUUUUUAUACGAUAAUGCUCUUUUAAUCUCUUUCUCUCUCUCUCUCCAUCCAUCCCUAUCUCCCUCUUACAUACUCUCGUACCAAUAUACGCAAUAAUAAUUUCCCAUGGGUAGAAAUGGAACAAAUAAACAAGCAAACGCAUAACGAAAAAUAUGAUAAUACCAUAUUAUAAUGUUCUGGGGAAUUGUUGGACGGUCUUGGCAGUGGUAUUAACCGCGACCAUGUUUUUAAUAUUAUUACAUGAACCGUAUUACCCUAUAAGAACGAUUUAGGAUUAUCUGUUUGUUUUAUUUUUACAGUGUUUUACAUAAUUGCAGGUAGAGCCCGCAAGCACCCGACCAAGAAGUUCGCGCUGCUGUUCCCGCUGCUAGCCACGUUCAAGUUCCUGAUAAUCAAAGCGCUACUGGUGCCCAUACUCAUAGCCGUCCUGAUCAUCAAGAAGAUACUGGUGCUCGGCGUGAUGGCGCUGCCGGCCGUAUUGACAAUGUUGCGGUUCUGCCGGAGAGGAGACUUCGGCUUCGGGAACCUGGUGGCCGCUGGCCCAGUGGGUCCGGUCGGUCAAGCGGCCGCGUUCGCGCCGCUCACCGCCGACAUAUCGGGCGACUAUUCCUCGUACGUCCAACAGUCGGCCGGCUCGUCCCAAAUGCAGAACAACGCCUACAGGGACUACUCCAAAAACCUGAUGGACGCCAUGAAGGGCGCCUACAGGCGAUGAUAAAGUCCUGCGUUGCGCCGCCGUAUCUUCUAGUUGUACAAUUUAUCGUUAUAAUAUUUGUCUAUACUUCCACUGGAAGCAGCUAUUUUCAGUGGUCUGCCACCCCAGUUUUCACGACGAACAUCCGCUACAUCACCUACGCGUACACCGACUUUCGUCAUAAUAAUAUUGCUAUCGACCGUCCAACUAUACGUCCGGUUUUAACCGACACUACUAUUUCUCGGUCAUUCAUUUUGCCCUCAGUUUACAUUCUACAAUCUCUACUAAUUCUGCUAAUCGAUUUUGUUAAUUUUCAACCACCACCGCAUAAUAAAAGUACCUGCAUUGUUUCACCAUCAAUAAUAGCAGAGGACCCACCUCUUUUUAAUUUUAGACUAAAACCUUUUCUCUCUCUCUCUCUCUCUCUCUCUCUCUCAUAAAUGAAAUUUCACUCCCAAAUUUUAAUAGACGGCAAGUCUGCGGACUACUGGUUAGGAAAGAGUUUCGUUCUAAACACGGACUGCUAAAAUUCCAACAGAUCUAAGUCCCGUACAGUUACGUAUGUUAAACAUGCAGUACCUACCGAUCACUACUGGAACUCGCGAUAGAUAGAAUCGGUACAUUCUAAUACCAUAAUGGAUCCGUCAAUAGCAGCUUGAAUAAAGACGAUAGGAACGUUUCCUAUGAGUUUUCUCGUCUCAAAAAAACGAAUUUAGAUUUUAAUUGCGUUAAUUAUAUUGCGAAUUAGCGGGUUGUGGAAAAAUUGUAUUAAUAACAUAAUAGAACAUUUUGUUUAGUUAGUGG